AUGGCUGUGGUUUUGAGGUAUGUUGAUAAAUUAGGAUUUGUGAAGGAGCGUUUCAUCGGUCUUGUUCAUGUUAAGGAAACAACCGCUUUAUCUCUUAAACAUGCAAUUGAUGAAUUGUUUGCUCGCUACAAUUUGAGUUUGGGUAGGGUUAGAGGCCAAGGAUACGACGACGCAAGCAACAUGUCCGGUGGAUUUAAUGGUUUGAAAACUUUGAUUUUGAAAGAAAAUUCUUCGGCAUAUUUUGUUCAUUGCUUUGCUCACCAACUUCAACUUGUUGUUGUGGCCCUUGCAAAUAAACAUUUUGAAAUUUGCAAGUUUUUUGAAGAAGUAUCAGAUUUGACCAAUGUUGUUGGUGCAUCUUGCAAACGAAUAGAUUUACUAAGAGAAAGUCAAAGAGAGAGGUUGCAAGAGCCGGGGAAUCAAGAAAUGUCAAUUGCAAGAGCCGGAGAUACACGUUGGAGUUCUCACGAAAAAACACUUCUUCGUUUGCUUACUUUAUAUCCUUGUGUUCUUGACGUGCUUGAAUAUAUAGAAACUUCGGCAUGGGAUAAAAUUCACAAAGCACAAGCAUAUGGACUUCAGUUAUACGUGAAAAGUUAUAAGUUUGUAUUUUAUUUACAUUUGAUGAAGCAUAUUUUGGGAGUUACUAACUUAUUGUGUGUCGCUCUUCAAAGAAAGAAUCAAGAUAUUAUAAAUGCGGUUGAACUAGUUAGAUCAACGAAAGAAGAAUUACAAAGGUAUCGACUUGAAGGCUUUGACUCACUUUUGAAAGAUGUCACAUGCUUUUGUGACAAGUAUGAUAUUGAGAUGAUUAACAUGGAAGACGAGUAUGUUGACCCGAAAUAUAGAAGAAAAAAGACCAACAUCACCAAUCGUCAUCAUUUUGAAGUUAAUAAUUUCAACACGGUUCUCGAUAUGCAAAUUCAAGAGCUUGGAAACCGUUUUAACGAGUUGGCCGAGAUGUAUCCGCGUGAUUUUACUUUUGAUGAAAAAGACGAUCUUACUGAUGAACUCGGCCACUACAUUCGUAAUGUGAAAAAAGAUAGUCGGUUUAACAACUUGAAUGGGAUAAGUGAUCUUGCCAAAAAGAUGAUGGAAACUAGAAAACACAUUGAUUAUCAAUUGGUUUAUCGAUUAAUGAAGUUGUCACUAGUUUUACCGGUUGCAACGGCAAGCGUUGAAAGAAGUUUUUCUUCAAUGAAGCAUGUAAAGACGGAAUUACGUAAUAGGAUGGGUGAUGGAUACAUGAACGAUGCUUGCAUUUGCUACGUUGAAAGAGAGUUUUUACAACAAGUUUCUAUCGAGAAUGUAAUGCAACGUUUUCAAAAGAUGAAACCUCGUAGGGAACAACUUUAG